AUGGCGGGUCUGGGCCCAGAGCAGGUUCGGCUUCUUCUUCAAAACAAACACCUGGUGGUUCUCGGGGACUCUGUUCAGAGAACAAUCUACAAAGACCUGGUGCUGUUCCUGCAGACGGAGAGGUGUCUGUCAGCUGGUCAACUCCGCAGUAAGGGGGAGCCAAGCUUUGAGGGAGACCAGCUGAUUGAAGGAGGGAAGCUGAGUAACAGUACAGAAUACCGAGAAGUUCGCCUGUAUCACAGUCCUACUCAUCUCCUCCGGUUUUAUUUCCUCACCCGGAUUUACUCGGACUACGUGGACAGGGUGUUGGCUGGUUUCCGAAGAGAACCACAACCUGAUAUCCUCAUUGUUAACUCGUGUGUCUGGGAUAUCUCCAGGUAUGGUUCCAAUUCAAUCGAGCAAUAUAGAGAGAAUCUGGUCAAAUUCUUCAGGCGGCUAAGAGAGGUCCUCCUCCCAGAAUGCCUUGUGAUCUGGAACAUGGCGAUGCCUCUGGGUGAAAAGAUCAAAGGUGGCUUCCUGAUACCAGAGUUGCAGUACCUGGAGGGGAGCUUGCGUUACGAUGUGAUUGAAGCUAAUUUCUACAGUGGCCUUUUGGCGGAUGCUCAUGGCUUUGAUGUGUUAGACUUGCACUACCGAUUCCGGUUUGAACUACACCACCGAGCAGCUGAUGGGGUUCACUGGAGCCACGUUAUUCAUCGUCGAAUCUCCCAGCUCCUGCUUGAACACAUCGCAUCUGCCUGGGGUGUGGUUCUGCCCCCUGGGAAACCACAAGCCUCAGUCCCAAGGGAGGUACUGGCCCUCCCAGUGUGUCGGUCCCAGACCUGGCGAAUGCCCAGUAGGAAUGCUGCUGAAGUGGACUUCAUCGAUGACUGUCUGGAGUCCAGCUGGGGUCAACCUUUCCCAGGAUACACCAGCUUCCACAACAUGAACUACCCCGAUCAUUUGUCAAUGCCGGCCAACUCUCUGCCCAGGCUCCAGGACAACUGGGAUCAAUCGGAACAGACCAGGGGUUCCAGGGUGUUCCGGAAUAACCAGCUAGUGAUGAGACAUCGACUGUUACACAGCAGGAUCCCAGUCCCAUACAACCUGCCCCAUUACAGCGGUCUCCACUAA